AUGGCGGCGGCGGCGGGGCCGGCCGUGCCCCCACGUGUCUCCCGCCGCCGCCUCCUCUCGCGAGAGCGCCCGCCCCGCGCCCGCCCUCCCCGCGCUCUCGCGAGAGCCGCGCCGCCAUCUCAGCGCCCGGCGGCGGCGGUCACCGACCGGGACGAGCUCGGCGCCGCCGCUCCUCCUGCCCCGCUGCUCCUCACGGCUUCUCCCCGCCCUGCCAUGCUGUCCCGCCUCGUCCUGCGCGCCGGUGAGCCCGGGCAGUGCCGCCGCUCGGGGGGAGCGGGUGGCGGGCGGGGGGUGCCGGCCGAGCCCUGCCCUGACGCGCUCUCUGCCCUCUUGUCCCCUCAGCCCCCGCCGCGCUCAGGGCGCUGCCGCCGCCCGUCGCCGUGGGGGCCCUACAUGUUGGGCACUGGCCUCCUGCUCUACCUUCUUUCCAAGGAGAUCUACGUGGUGAACCAUGAGACAGCAGCAGCUGCCUGCAUACUGACAGUCCUCGUUUAUGCCAUCAAGAAGUUUGGGCCUAACGUGGCAGCUUUUGCUGACAAACUUAAUGAGGAGAAAAUGGCCUCAGCCCUGGCCAUGAAGAACGACACCAUCCAGACGCUGCAGACGGCCAUCGAGGAGGAGAAGAAGGAGCAGUGGAGGGCGGAGGGCCGCAGUUACCUCUUCGAUGCCAGGCGGAACAACAUUGCAAUGCUGCUGGAAGCCAACUACCGGGAGCGCCUGCUGAUGGUGUACAACGAGGUGAAGAAGAGGCUGGACUACCAGGUGGCCCUGCAGAACCUGAAGAGGCAGAAGGAGCAGGACCACAUGAUCCAGUGGGUGGAGAAGAGCGUUGUUCAGAGCAUCACACCUCAGCAGCAGAAGGAAAGCAUUGCCAAGUGUAUCCUGGACUUGAAGGCGCUGUCCAAGAGUGCCCACGCAGCUGUGUGA